CCUGGUUUCGUAGCCAAUGAGAGGACGCGCUUGGGUACAGUGGCGAUAGGAUUCCCCUCAGCCGUUUCAGCCGCAUUUCUCAGUUCCGGCCCUGAAGUACUUUCGAUUCUGAAUCUCUCCGGAAGGAUAUUUUCCAGCAUGUGAUUCUCCCACCUCUUUUCAGCUUCAUCAAAGGCUCAUGGAGGAUUCGGACACCAAAACCGAGGUGGUCCUUCUGGCCUGCGGGUCUUUCAAUCCCAUCACCAACAUGCACCUCCGGCUCUUUGAAUUGGCAAAAGAUCACUUGCACGAAACAGGGAAGUACAAAGUGGUGAAAGGCAUCAUUUCACCUGUGGGAGACGGAUAUAAGAAGAAAGGCCUGAUCGGCGCUAAGCACCGCGUGGCCAUGGCAAAACUGGCAACCGAGAGCUCCGACUGGGUGGAAGUGGACGACUGGGAGAGCAACCAGAAGGAAUGGCAGGAGACCGUCAAAGUCCUCCGGCAUCACCAUUCGUGUCUCACAAAGGGUUUUGACAACAUCGUUCCUCUGAGCAAAGCGGGACGGAAAAGGAAGCGGGAGGCAAGCGGCCAACAGAGAAAUCAGACACAAACGAAAGGCGUCCCUCAGCUGAAGAUGCUGUGUGGGGCCGAUGUCCUGGAAUCCUUCCGCGUCCCUAAUCUCUGGAAAACGGAAGACAUGGCGGAGAUUGUCGCCGAGUACGGCAUGGUCUGCAUCUCCCGGGUCGGGAGCCUCACCGCGAAAUUCAUCUACGAAUCCGACCUGCUGUGGAAGCACAAGGCGAACAUCCACCUGGUAGAGGAAUGGGUCACCAACGAUAUCUCGGCCACCAAGAUCCGGAGAGCGCUGAGGAGGGGCCAGAGUGUCCGCUACCUGGUCCCAGACGCUGUCCUGGCCUACAUCGAGCAACACAACCUGUAUACCGCCGAGAGCGAGGAGCAGAAUAUGGGGGUGGUCCUGGCUCCUUUGCAGAAAUACGCCAAGGAGGCCAGCAAAAUAGAGCCAGAAGAGCAAGGAAGUGUCCGCAAAUUGGCCGUUUUGGAUUUUCUCGUGGUCUUGACCUCUUCCCGCCUCGCCAUGCCUGCAGAUUACAAUGGCACCUGGAACCUUGUCAGCAGCGACAACUUUGAAGGUUACAUGCUAGCCUUAGGCAUUGACUUUGCCACACGCAAAAUCGCCAAAAUGCUGAAGCCCCAGAAGGUCAUCAAGCAGGAGGGAGAUGCCUUCACCAUCACCACCACGAGCACCUUCCGGAACUAUUUCGUCGAGUUCCGAAUCGGAGAGGAGUUUGAGGAAGACAAUAAAGGUUUGGACAACCGGAAAUGCAAGAGCGUGGUGACCUGGGACAACGACAGACUGGUUUGUGUCCAGACCGGCGAGAAGAGGAACAGAGGCUGGACUCAUUGGAUCGAAGGCGAUGAACUCUACUUGGAACUCCGGUGUGAGAAUGAAGUGAGCAGGCAAGUCUUCAAAAGAGCAUGAAGCAGGGAGAUCAAUGGAAAAAAUGGCCACUUUAUUGGAAAGUAAAAAAAAAAUUGUAAAAAAAAUUAAAUUCCUGCUAUUUUCUGGGAAUUAAACUGGUGACUGUUACUACACUUGAUGCAUCCCUUCAUUAAAGGCAAUGAUGGACAAUG